AUGACCACCUCAGAACCCGUCCAUUUCUUUGACUUGUUUUCCGACCUACCAGGAAUCUCCAAAUCAUGGUCCCAUAAUACACUAAAGACCCGAGCAGUGCUCAACUUUAAGGGUAUCCCGUAUACUCAGAGCUGGAUCUCAUAUCCAGAUAUCAAGGCCCUGGGAACCAGCUUAGACCUACCGCCAAACAAGACAGGCAGGCCAUAUACCCUGCCCGCAAUCAUCCACAAAUCCUCCGUGACAUCAAACCCAAACGGGGCCCUGAUGGACUCACUACAGAUCGCUCUGCACAUCGACAAGACAUUUCCCUCGCCCCCACUGUUCCCAUCUGGCGACGCCAGCUACACACUAUUCAUCGCCGUAUUCAAGAUCAUGAGUCUGAUCGAGACUGGUUUUCGUCCAUUGAUCGUACCACGCGUCGUAGACCACCUGGAUCCUCGGGGACAGGUCUACUUCCACGAGACGCGGUCCAAGGCGUUGGGAAAACCGUUGUCCGAGGUACGGCCGACGGACAAGGGGAGCUUGGAUCGGCUGUGGGAUAUAAUCGAGACGGAGUCUUCGACGCUGAUUGCCAUGCUGAAAGGAAAGGAUGGGAAGAAAGGUCCAUUCUUCGAGGGUGAGAAUCCUGGGUAUGCGGAUUUGGUAUAUGCUGCUCAGUUGACUUUUAUUGAGCGUUUUGAUAAGGAUCUUUUUGAGAGGUGCAUGGGUUUGGGGAAUGGUCAAGUCGGGGCUCUUUAUACGGCUUGUUUACCAUGGCUAGAGGGCCAGGGCGAAGACAAGGAGUGGCCGAUUCCGCAAGAUGUCUGA